AUGUCAUCUGAAAUUCUAGUAAAAGAUGAAAUUGAUCCAAAUGCAAUUGUUAAAGUUAACGAAUGCGUAGAAAAGAAAUCUAACCGCGUUCUUCUUGACCUAAAAACAUUAAAUUCUUUAGUACCAAAAUUAGCAUCGUAUUUGAUAAAUGACCCUUAUAUUUAUUAUGCUGCUUUAGAUGAGUCAAUUAAAAACAUUUCAAAUGUUCUUACAACACAUGAUGAAAAUAAUUAUUUACAUUAUGUAGUUAAUAAAGAGAAAGGAGUUAAUCUAGGUAUUACCGGGUGGUUGGGCGUAAAUUCUGUUACUCCACGUGGUAUACACAAUAGGUUAGUCAAUAAGAUGAUUUUAGUAGAAGGUAUUGUCACACGAUGUGCCCCUGUAAGUUCUACUUUAACCAAAGGUGUUUAUUUCGCUGAGGCGCUAGAAAGAUACUUUACUCGUGAACACAAUGACAAAUUUUCAAUCAAACCUAAAACUGCAUUAUCUACAGGUAUAUCAUUCGAAUUAGUGAAAAUAUCUGAUGGAACUAAAGUAUCGCUAGCUCAUGGAUUGAGUGAAUAUAAUGAUGUACAAAUAAUUACAAUUCAGGAGGUUCCUGAAACAGUGCCAACAGGUCAAUUACCUCGUGGACUUGAUAUUGUAUGUUGCGACGAUUUAGUUAAUUCUUGUAAACCCGGUGAUCGUAUUCGGGCCAUAGGUGUCUUAAAAUGCAAUGUUUAUAACAACUUUGGCUUAAUAUCAGGUUUGGCUAAGAUGUUCCUGAUUGUUAAUAGCAUCGAAGUUAUUGGGAAGAGUAAAAUUCCAAAAGAAAUAUCAUUUUCUUUGAUGAAACAUUUCAAAGAAGUAGCGAACCAUUUUAAAACUCUUGAAUUAAUUGCAGCCAGCAUCGCUCCUUCCAUUAGCGGUUUAGAAAUAGUGAAGAAAGGCUUGGCUUUGCAAUUAGUUGGUGGCGUCCGUAGAAUAAGCAGUGUAGACAAAACUCAAAUGCGAGGAGAUAUUCAUAUUUUACUAAUUGGUGAUCCAUCCUGUGGUAAAUCUCAAUUAUUACGUUACAUUUUAAAACUAGCCCCUUUAGCAAUAAGUGCUACAGGUCGUGGUAGUAGUGCAGUUGGUCUUACCGCGGCAGUUGUUGCCGAUGGUUCAUCCGGACAAAGAAGAUUAGAAGCCGGUGCUAUGGUUUUAGCCGACGGUGGAAUUGUUUGUAUUGAUGAGUUUGACAAAAUGAAUGAGGAUGAUCGAGUAGCUAUUCAUGAAGUCAUGGAACAACAAAACGUUAGCAUUAAUAAAGCUGGAAUUACUGCUACGUUAAAUGCAAGAACUUGUGUAUUAGCUGCAGCAAACCCUAAUAAAGGUUCUUUUGACGACAAGCAAUCAUAUCUAAAACAAAUUAAUUUUCCAGAUUCGUUAUUAAGUAGAUUCGAUUUAAUUUACCUAAUAAAAGAAACUAAAACAGCGGAGCAUGACAGAAGAAUUGCUAAACAUGUAUUAUCGCAACUACAAUGUACUCAAACAAAUGAGUUGUAUGAUCAAGUUACGUUAGAUCGUAAUAUUAAAUCUGAAAGAACUGCUAAUGUAAUUGUACAGCCUUACAAUAAGCAAAUAGAAAAUCCUGAAAAUAUGAUCGUUUGGGCAAAACAUCCUGCAACUACACUAGAUGAAACUUUUAUUUUACCGCAUGGUAUAAGUUCAAUUUUAAAUUUUGACUUUCUCAAAAUUUACAUUGACUAUUGCAGAAACCAAAUAACACCCGAACUGUCUGCUGAAGCUUGUGAAGCAAUUGCUGAAUUUUAUUCUGAAAUUCGUGACAAAAUUGCACAUCAAAUAAUAUUCGAGUCCGAUCCAAAAUUAAAUUUACCUACGCCAAGGUUGCUUGAAGCAUGUAUUCGAUUAGCUACAGCUCACGCUAAACUUAAAAUGAAACAAACCAUAGACGAAAUCGACGUUGAAGAAGCAAAAAAACUGAUCAGUUACACAGUUCUUAACGAAAACCUAGAUGACUUUGCAGAAGAUGUUCACAACAUUGAUAAGGCUCCUAAUUCUGUUAAUAGAGCUAGGUUAUAUAAUAAUUCUAAAUUAAUUGAUGUUUCUUAUUUAGAUUAUACACCGACAAAGCAAAUCCGUGUUUCAGUUACUCCAGAUAGAGAUUUAAUUAAAAAACAAAAUUCAGAGCAUGCAUUAGUACAAAUGCUUCACAAACUUCACACAGAACUUGGAGAAGAAUGUUGGGAUAUAAAAUAUGUUUAUGCUUACGCAAAAAAACACAAUAUUAUUAAUACAAAUGAAGAAUUGUUGACAUUAAUCACGAGAUUACAAAGCUUGAAUGUCUUAAUGAUGAUCGGUGAAAAAAUUUACUUAAUAUAA